ACUCUUCUCAUUGGUCGAUGCAAAAUCUAUUUGCAUGAUAUAAGCUUAUGCACAUACCCACGAGCCAAGAAGACACUGGCACAUCAUCACUAAGCCCUUCACCAUGAACAAGUGGAUCAUUUCUGCGUUUGUAGUUGCAGUUUGUGUGGGCAGUGCCAGUGCUGACUGUUCAGUGAACGACUUGUCAGUCAUCACUACGUGUGCAACCCAAUUUGGAACAGCCUUUACUGCAGCUGGGACGGAUAAGUCUAAAGCUUGUGCCGCGUUUGAUGCAUUCAUCACCUGCAUCAACAAAGUGAGCAGCGGUUGUAAGAGUGACCCAUCAUUCAGUCAGGCAGUCAACCAGAUAAAGAGUCAAGUGGCAAGUUUCGGAUGUUCAACUUCAGAAGCUGGUUCUGUACAGAUGUCGGUGGUUGCUACAAUCAUGUCUCUUCUCAUGGCCUAUGUCUGCAUGAAAUAGAUUAUAACCAUUUAUUUAUAUCUACAAACACAUACUAGUAUUCAAAUGUAUAGUUUUUGAAUGUGAAUAAAUGCCAAUCAAUCAUUUUA